AUGGAAACCAAGCUUAAUAUAUGGUUGUCGCGUGAUCUGACUCUCUUUGGAAGAACAAUGCUUGCAAAAUCUCUAGGUUUGUCUCAACUAGCUUACGCUGCUUCAAUGCUUUCUGUCCCAGAAGCAGCGAUUCAACAGACUCAAAGGAAACUAUUUGCGUUUUUGUGGAAGAAUAAGACCGAUAAGGUAAACAGACAGGUUUUGUUCCGUCUCUUAUCUAAGGGCGGUUUAAAUUUUCCUUGUUUUCGGACUGUCAUUAAAGCGCUACGCCUCUGUUGGAUAGGGAGACUUUUAAGUAAUCCACAUGACACUUGGACAGCAAUUCCCAACUUUCACUUUGAAAAACAUGGUGGACUCUUGUUUCUACUUAAUUGCAAUUACAGUGUCGAAAAGUUAAAUAAGAAAAUUCCCUUAUUUUAUAGGGAACUACUUGAAUUCUUUCAAGAAUUGCGUAGCAACUGCGAAGAUCCACUACAGCGCGAAUUUAUAUUAUGGAAUAAUAAAGAUAUCAACGUUGAAAACAAAUCGGUGUUUUGGAAGUCUUGGCGUCAUAAAAAUGUCUUGUUUGUGCAAGAUCUGCUGAACAAUCAAGGUAAUUAUCUAUCCCCACAAGAAUUCAGUAAUAAAUAUAACAUCAAGGUUAAUUUUCUGCAAUACUACCAAAUCAUUACAGCCAUUCCAGCGUCUCUCAAAAGGUACGCCUUCACUCAUUUAGAUCUUGCAAAACUGAACUCGAUUUCUGAAAAUGUCGACUUCCAGAUAUCUAAAGAUGUUAGUUUAAACUUAAAGAAAACUUCGUGCAAGCAGUUUUACAAAUUUUUUACAGAGAACAUUAGUAUUGAACCUACUGCGGUUACAACAUGGCGAAAACAUUGUACUGUGGUCGCUGACAAGUGGGAGCAAUGCAUUGAAAACAAUUAUAAAUUCACUCGAGAUAAUAAGCUAAGACAAUUUUAUUUUAAAUUGUUAGACAGAAUACUAGUUACUAACAAGGAACUGACACGCUUUGGGAUAACUGAUUGUACUAUGUGUGUUAUGUGUGGCGAAAACGAUUCUAUAGGACAUACUUUCUUUGAAUGUCGUUCUUUUCUGAAAUUAUGUGACGAAUCCCUUCAGUGGUUCAAUAUAUCUCUCAAAACCAAUAUUAAACUCACGCCGCUUCAAGUUUUUCUCAAUUUACCAACCCCAGCUUUCAAUCUUUCCAAUAAACAAACCAAGGAUUUGUGUCUUCUUCUGUUAUAUGUAAAGCAGUACCACUAUGGAUGUAAAUCAUUGCAAAAGAAAACAGACACCUCUGAAUUUAUAUCUAAAUUUAUUAUGCAGCUUGAAAUAGAAGUUUGA